AUGAUUAGCGCAUUACACUGGAUCGCGAGGGGCAAGAGCCUGGCGCAUCCCAAAAAGUACGUCCUCGACGAUGACGAGAUGGAGCGUGUCUCCAAGAUGGCCAAUGUGCAAUUCGAGGAUGCCAAGGCACAGCUCGAGCGUGCGCAGCGCGAUAUUGCACGUGGCAAGGAUCCAUUCGCGCCGAACACGGGUAACGAUGACGAUGAGGACGAGGACGAGUGGAAGGAUGACGACGAAGACGACAAGAUGGACGAGGACGGCGAUGCAGCCAUGACCGAGGAUGUCACCGAUGCAUCCAAGACCAAGGAAGAUCCGGACGACCUUUCGCGCUACAACCUCGACGAAUACGACGACGACGACGUACAAGCUCCGGCGACCGCCGGUGCAUUUAGCAACAUUCGCGGACUUGCAGUCUACCAAUCCAACCAAGACGAUCCUUACAUCACCAUUCAGGACGACGCUGAAAAGGACGACGAGGAGGAACGCGAGGAACUCGAAGUGUACCCAACCGACAACUUGAUCAUCACGGCCAAGACCGAAGACGACGUAUCGCAGCUCGAAGCGCAUAUUUACGCUGCUAGCGACGCCAACCUGUAUGUGCAUCAUGAUCUGAUGCUACCCUCCUUCCCGCUGUGCCUGGAGUGGCUUGACUACACCCCCGCCCGCUCUGUCAGCAGUGCUGACCAGAACACGACCAACGCAGCCGGGGACACGGGCAACUUUAUCGCAGUGGGAACCAUGGAUCCCGAAAUCGAGAUUUGGAGCAUGGACGUGGUGGAUGGAAUGUAUCCAGAUGCGAUUCUGGGACGUAAGACCGAAACGGACCAACUCAAUGCACCACUUGGAACGGGCAAGAAGAAGCGCAAGCAGUCCAAGGCGCGUGUGGCGAAUGAUGCUUAUCACGUGGAUGCGGUCUUGGGACUCUCUUGGAACCCGGUAGCGCGAAAUUUGUUGGCUUCAGCCUCGGCCGACUGUACGGUGAAGCUGUGGGAUCUUUCGCGACCGCACACGAGCGAGGAAUCGACGGCGUUUAGGACGUUUAAUUCGCACACGGACAAAGUGCAGUCGGUUGCAUGGCAAUGCAAAGCGAUUGGAGGUGAGGCGAGUGGAGCAGCGAAUCCGGCGGUGUUGCUCACUGGCUCGUACGAUAAGACAAUCCGUGUGUUUGACACGCGCACUGCGGAUGUAGCUUCGGUCGUAUCCAUCGGUAGUGAUGUCGAGAGUGUCGUAUGGGACGGAUGGUCCGCUUCGUGCACUUCGUUUGUAUGUUCGCUCGAAUCGGGCAUUGUUCAAUCCUACGAUAUCCGCUCGCCGUCCGCAUCGAUUUGGACAUUGCAAGCACACGACACAGCCUGCACCGCCGUCGACAUCUCCCCGCACAUCCCACACUGUCUGCUGACCGCCUCCUCUGACCGUAGCAUCAAACUCUGGUCGCUCUCCCCCUCUUCGACCGACACAUCCCAUCCCGCCGCAAUCAACCUCGUUCUCUCCCGCGAUCUCGGUCUAGGCAAACUCUUUACCGCCAAAUUUAGCCCCAACGACCCGCUCACCCUCGCAGCCGCCGGCUCAGCAGGCCAACUCCAAGUCUUCAACGCCCUCAGCAACCCAGCCGUCCGAAAAACUUUCGCCCACUCUCUCCGCUCCCUCAAAGACGAUCUCAAAGUCGAUCUCGACGGCACAGAACCCAGCAGAGGCGACGGCAUCAUCAGGAUCCAAGACGACGAUGACGACGAUGACAGCGACCAUGACGCCGAUAUGCAGCAGUGA